AUGCCGGCUAAGCUACCGUUUCUGGACGCCUCCGAAUCGCUGCAACAACGAUGGCGGGAAGCCACCUCUCCUACGCGAAUCUCUGCUCAGAUUUACGUCUUUCUUCUCCUCAUAACGAUAGGGCUGCUGCGCCAGUACUUGUUUCCCUCAAAGCGGUCGAAUCACACCUAUGGAUCAUCGCUCGCUUCCACGGAACCGGGAGCCAAAGAUGAGACGCUCGGCGAGAUUUCAGAGAUCUUUAUCUACCCGAUCAAGUCAUGUGCUGGUGUAUCUGUGUCGAAAGCUCAACUGACCGAGCAAGGAUUCGAUCUGGAUCGACGUUGGAUGGUCGUCAGAACCAACAAGCAAGGAAAGUUGGAAAAGAUCAGUUUGAGAGAGGAGCCAAGGUUGACGUUGAUCCAACCUGAAAUCGACGAGCUAGCCAACACGUUGGCACUGCGUCUGACGGACGUAGGACGACAGCAAGAGACAGCAAGAAAUCUUGGGGAGACAGGAACUCCGCUGCGGCCGAGUGCAAUCCAACUCAAGGCAUGGAAGCAAGUAGCCAGCGUGGAGAUGUACGGCGACUAUGCAGACGGAAGAGUGGCUGCACUUGCCGAGGGCGGCAAGCACAAAUUCAGCCCCAGUGAAUGGAUCAGCGAGUUCCUAGGCUACCCGGUACUGCUCCUUCAUUUCGACACCACCUCUACAACUACCCGCAAUGCGUUUCCGAUCUUCAAGCCGCCCACGGAUUCGUUCACUUGGUCUUCUCAUGACCGUUCGGAACUCUACCGAAAACGACGGAUCGAGUUUCAGGAUGAGUAUCCGCUCUUGGUCGCAUCGGCAGAAUCGCUUGAUUUUGUCCGAUCCCAGCUUUCCUCUGCUCUCACUUGUACCGAUGGGGAUGGUCGAGGAGGAAGAGCAAUCACUGGUAUCGAUGCAACCAAAUGGUCCGACCCCACUACGCUGAGCAUUGCGCGGUUCAGACCAAACAUUGUCGUCAAGGGCAAUGGAGGGUUCGGUGCAUUCAGCGAAGACUCAUGGGAACGCAUCUGGAUCCUCUCGCCGAGUUCGGAACAAAGUUCCAAACCAAAAGCCAUGUUACAGCUCGUAGCGCGAUGCCAGCGAUGUCUUCUCACAGCUGUCGAUCCGAUCUCUGCGGAGAAAGAUCCAAGCGUCCCGCUAAAACUGCUAAGCAGGAGCCGGAUGAGGGUCAAAAAGGUUGCAGGCGUGCAGGGUGGAAAUGGCAGAGCAGGACCGUGCUUUGGUAUGUACGCAAUUCCUCUACCGCUCGGCCGCGAUGUUGAGGACAAGGACAAGUAUGGUGGAUUGGUAAAGGGCGAUGCCAUCCGAGUCCGAUGGCGACCGUUUGAGUUGGAUGAUGAACCAGAUCGACAGUGUUUGACUGAAUAG